AUGGCAUUAAGAACAUCUACAUGGCAAAAGACAGAACCGAAUACGCUUGAUCAAACAGCAGGAAAACCGGAUUUCAUUUUAAAAAGUAGUUGUGGUGAUUUACAAAGUAGACUUAAAGUUCGAAAAGUUCUCGGCGUUGGCGAUGCCACAGGCUCAACAUCUGGCUCAAAAAUCAGUCAAAUACUUGGACAAUCGGAUAGUUUAAUUUUCAAUUUAUCACCAGAACUUGCCACCUGGUUAUUUUUCGUAGCAGCUUUGUUUAGUUGCUUUUCUGUGAUGGGAAUACUUUGGCCAUCGUGUCUACGUAUUAUUCUAUCUGGUGGUUUUGAAUCAGCGAUGCAUUUAGCUGCGUCUUAUGCUUUUUUGGCUGCUGUACUCGGUCUAACACUUCGGUCAGGUGACAAAACAUCAUUACAACUUGUCCUCUGUUCUCUUAUUUUAUUUCAUGGCUUAUCUUUUUUUAUUUCUCUAUGGUUUCUCAAAACUGGCGUUACACCAGUUAAAUCAACAAUAGCAACUAUUCUUCAUCUAUCUUGUUUAUUAAUCAAUACACAUUUUUAUCGAUCUACUAAUCGCACAGUAAUAUCGUCCUUUCGAUCUAAUCAAUUAAAAACGUAUUUUAGCUCAAUGAUCUCAUUUCCAACAGCACCUGCAAUGGAACGUAUGGUUGGAAGUGAAUCUUCUUAA